UGGUGACACCAAUAAAUAUAUACAAAAUGUUAUAUACAAAAUGAUCAGGUAUUGGAAUUACUACUAAAAAGCUAUCACAGCUGGAUAUUUGGAUAAAUAACAAAAAGGCAAUUUCUGUAGUGAAAAGAGAAUCACAUAAUUCGAGGACGACGAUUUUAAUGACCAGUCGAUUAUCAAGCUCCAGAGAAUCAUUUGAGAGCGAGUGCUUUCACGGAAAGUGACAAAGCGCCUGUGCUGGGAGAGCGGAGGCAGAAAGUAGGUUGGCGUCUCCGAAAGCAGAAGCACGCAACAACGUCGUGCGAGGUGACAAGGACUUGGUUGAGUUUUGAUGUAGGCUCAGUAGCAUAGCUAGCAGUCAGGUUGUAGGGAUGUAGAUUUGCGUCUUCAAUUUUAGUCAGUCAAUGGGCAAUGUCCUGGGUUCGGUGUCUUUAACCCGUAGACAUGCGUGGAGUUGCCGGUUUCGUGAUGCGUUAUUACCGCAGAUCCACUGACUGGGAAAGUUGUUCUGUUUGAGUUGCGGGGAAAAGAUGCAUUUGUUUCGGAGUUACAAUUAUCGAGUGUUCCCUGACCGUUAUUCUGUGGAAUCAUCAACAGUUCGAGGCAUAAGCUGGACCCCAUUGCCAGAGGCCCUGGACACCCAGGACACCAUGAAGCAGUUUCUCUCUGACCGUAUUCUUAAGGCAGCGAAGGCUGUGUAUUGUGCUUUGAUUGAGCGUAACCCUGGCCUAAUCAGAGACAGGAAGCAUCAUCUCAAGACUUACAGACAGUGUUGUUCUGGGAAAGAGCUUGUUGAUUGGUUAAUGAAGCUAAAUGAAUGCUUCCAAUCAAGGAGCCAGGCAGUUGGCAUGUGGCAAGUCCUGGUGGAUGAAGGAAUCAUUGUUCAUGUGAAACAAGAAUUCAAUUUCCAUGACAAAGACACUCAAUUGUAUCGCUUCAUGGACUCUGAGUUCGGAUUAAACCAGCUGACCAAUGAGAAAGACCCAGUGACUCACAUGGCCAAAGAAAAACUCUUAAUAAACCACACAACUAAUGAAAAGGACCAAUCAGACGAUGAUCUGCAGGAGGGUCUGUCCUUAUUACUUCAGAUGGGUCCAGAUGCCCUUCUGACCAUGAUUUUACGUAAAUGCCCCAGCCAGCGGAGCGCUGAGGACCUGGAGGUGAUCUACGAGGAGCUGCUUCACGUCAAGGCAGUGGCUCAUCUCUCCACCUCGGUUCGUAAGGAGUUGGCAGCGGUACUGGUGUUUGAGUCCCAUGCCAAAGCAGGCACAGUAUUGUUUAGUCAAGGAGACAAAGGCACGUCCUGGUACAUUAUCUGGAAAGGGUCUGUAAAUGUCAUCACACACGGAAAGGGUCUGGUAACUACGUUACAUGAGGGAGAGGACUUUGGGCAGCUGGCCUUAGUGAACGAUGCUCCCAGAGCGGCCACCAUUAUCCUGAGAGAGGACAACUGCCACUUCCUCCGAGUUGACAAACAGGACUUCAUACGCAUCCUCAAGGACGUGGAGGCUAACACUGUACGUCUGGAGGAACAUGGUAAAGCUGUGCUAGUGCUGGAAAAGACUGAGUCAACCAGUCAGGGAGGAGGAGGAACCAACAGCAAAUAUACAGUGAUGUCUGGAACGCCGGAGAAGAUCCUAGAACACCUGCUUGAGACAGUGAAGUUGGAUGCUAAUAGCAAUGACGCUAUAGAUCCCUGUGUGACCGACUUCCUACUGACCCACAGGGUCUUCAUGCCCUCCAGCCAGCUAUGCCCAGCCCUGCAACACCACUACCAUUCAGAGCCUUCUGAGGGCUCAGAGCUGGAGAAAGCAGCCUACGCACUCAACACAAAGCAGAAGAUAGUGAAGCUGAUUGGCCAGUGGGUGGCUCUGUUUGGCCAGUUUCUUAAAGACGACCCAAUUGCUGUAGACUUCCUAGAGAGGGUGAGGCAGGAGGUGGCAGGUGACACCCGUCUGUCCAGUAUGCUGAAGGAGCAGCUCAGAGACAAGAGGAAAACCAGAGUGCUUGAGAAUGGUUUUGGGUCACUUACGAAGCUCAACCAUCAGUUUGACUGGUUUACCAGUUGUGAGGAGACAAUGGGGAACUGUCCGCCAAUCAGACCACAGGACACAGUACUGUAUGAGCUCUUCCGGCCUGACCAUACGUCAGUCACUGUGGUGCUGCCGGUCAUCUCAUCAGUUCAGGAUCUUCUGUCAUCUCUGGUGAACCCAGGUGGAGGUCACAUUCUAGUCAAAAUCAACUCCAUGGGAGACAGGGUUCAGUUGAAGCUGAAUGCCACAGGGGUCUACACCUCACUUGGACUGAAUGAGAGACUGUUCCUCUGCACUGCCAGCCAGGUGGAUCAACUGACACCUCUUAGGGAGCAGCAGGGUCCUGAGCAUAGCAACACAGAGUUCUUGGAGCAGAUGUGUUCCAAAGACAUCGCCGGCCAGCUGACCAACUACGACUGGGAGCUGUUCACUGCCAUGCAUGAGGUGGAACUUGUUUACUAUGUAUUUGGGCAACAUAACUUCCCCGGCACCACCACAGCUAACCUGGAGCGAUUUGUGCAUCGUUUCAACCAAGUACAGUACUGGGUGGUGACAGAGGUUUGUUUGUGUGAUGACCUGGUCAAGAGAGCUAUGCUGCUCAAGAAGUUCAUCAAGAUCGCCGCCAUGUUGAAGGAACAAAAGAACCUCAACUCGUUCUUUGCUGUGAUGUUUGGUCUGAGUAACAGUGCUGUGCAGAGACUGUACAAGACCUGGGAGAGAGUGCCAAGUAAGACGAAAAGGGUCUAUUGUGCCUACGAGAGGUUAAUGGAUCCGUCGCGUAACCACAGGGCGUACAGGCUGGCUGUGGCCAAGCUUACCCCCCCCUACAUCCCCUUCAUGCCCUUGCUACUUAAAGACAUGACAUUCAUGCAUGAAGGAAACCAGAACUACACUGAGAAACUGGUCAAUUUUGAGAAAAUGCGCAUGAUUGCCAAGAUAGUGAAGAUUGUUCGAGGGUGUAGAAGCACACCUUAUGUGCCUUCCUCACCUCAGAAGGGACUGGCAGAUAGGAUGUUUCUGGAGACGCCUUCCAUCCGGGUGUCCACAUAUUCGGAGCAGUCCCUACCUCUCCGGUACUCAAGCAACAUCCGCCACUAUGUUCAGAACUUUGAAGUGAUCGACAACCAACGCAAACUGACACAAUUGUCCAGGGGAUUGGAGUGCUGACGGCUGAACCAGAGCAGUGGCCAUUAAAACGUCUCCAUAAUUCAACCUUUUGAAUCAGGCAAGCAAAGAAGCGCAAAAGACUAUUGUCAAGAAUGGAGGACAAUGGAUGUUUCCGGAGUGUCGGGGUGCAAAUCCACAGGACAAAGACUUUAAGAUAGUUUUGGCAGGCAGUAUCUAGUGACCCCUAGUGCCUUUCCAGGGAAGUAGGUUUCUCACUGACUACGGUUGCUGAUGGGGCUGUGCGAUGAUGCAACACUACAUCUGAGGAAAAAAUAUUAGCAAUUGGCAUUAGCUGUCAUUUAUACAAACUUUUGUAUUGCAUAUUAUUAGGAAAAUGAGCUUGUUUUUACUAGUACCAUACAGUAUAUCUAGUACUAUAGCUCAUAGAUAUGGGAUUAGUUUUGGCCUUUUUUUCUCUUUGAUACAACUCAUGUAAAAUAAUGAAAUUAAAAAUGUUUUGCUAGAUCAUAUAUACAAGUGUGUAAAACAUUUCAUACCAGAGGGUUUAUUUUUAUUCAAAAUAAAUUAUUUUCAUAAU